CAUCACAGGGCGUUCCCGCCCGGGCGGAAGCCCUGGGAGCGCAUCCCAGGCUAGCGUGGGUCUCUGGUCUCCACCAGCCGGGACUUCUUCCUACUGAGCUGUAGGAAGUGAGUCCCGGGGUCCCUAGUUCUCCAGAGGCUCUCAGGAGCGCCUGGCCUUAGCACAGUUGCAAAAGCAGCAGAACUUGGUGGUCUGUUUUUCUUUCUUCCUUGCCACUCGGGCUGGCUCCCAGAAUCCUGGGAUCGGCUGGAGGUACCAGAGUCUUGGUGAUAGGAUGGGAAAUAGUGCCCUCCGCGCUCACGUAGAAACGGCGCAGAAAACUGGUGUCUUUCAGCUUAAGGACCGUGGGCUGACCGAGUUCCCCUCAGAUUUGCAGAAACUGACAAGCAACCUUAGGACCAUAGACUUGUCCAACAACAAGAUAGAGAGCCUACCGCCUCUGCUGAUAGGGAAGUUCACUUUGCUGAAGAGCCUCUCCCUGAACAACAACAAACUGAAUAUUCUACCUGAUGAAUUAUGCAAUCUGAAAAAACUAGACACUCUAAGCCUAAACAACAAUCACCUGAGAGAGCUGCCAUCUACCUUUGGGCAGCUUUCUGCCCUCAAGACCUUGAGCCUUUCUGGGAACCAGCUGGGAGCACUACCACCCCAACUUUGUAGCCUACGGCACCUAGAUGUGGUAGAUCUCUCUAAGAACCAGAUUCGGAGUAUACCUGACAUCGUGGGGGAGCUGCAGGUCAUCGAACUCAAUCUCAACCAGAACCAGAUAUCUCAGAUCUCAGUAAAGAUAUCUUGCUGUCCUCGCCUUAAAGUUCUUCGCCUGGAAGAGAACUGUCUUGAGCUCAGCAUGCUUCCACAGAGCAUCCUCAGUGACUCACAGAUCUGUCUGCUUGCUGUGGAAGGCAAUCUUUUUGAAAUAAAGAAACUUCGAGAACUAGAAGGCUAUGAUAAGUACAUGGAGAGGUUCACAGCCACCAAGAAGAAGUUUGCAUGAUGUUCUCCAGGACCAUGGGAACCUUACAGGACAAUGAUAUGGAAACUCUGUUGGAAUCUGGCUGAAGCUAAGACUCUUGUUGUCAAGGAUAUCUGCAGUAAGGAGAUGACACUCCAGGAGAUUGUUUCGCUCAAUGAUCUCUUUUCCUUUUCAGGGCUAUCUCAAACAAGCUAAAAGAAAAAGGAGACAGGAAGAGUCCUCCAUUUUGACUCAUGGAUAGGGCAAUGGACAAUGCUUAUCUUCAAAACCAUCAUUAGUUUGGCUUUAAGAAACCAGUAGCUAGUUGCUAUUUAUAUGGUGAGGAGGUGCUGCCUGGUAACAGAAUAGCUCCACACCACAGCUUGAGAUUAUGUUUAGUUUCAAAGUGUGAACUUCCAUAAAAGUCAGUUGUCAUUCCACCUAGGUGUUAACACUUUAUAUUUUUAUCAAAUUCAUAUUUGUGAGUUGCUAUGGUUACUCUAAGGAUUUAUUGUUUUAUUCUAGUCCAUCAGUUUAGUUGUCUAUACUUAGAAUUUAGGAUGCACAUAAAUAUGACUAUUUGUCUUGGUUCAAGUGUGCUUUGUCAGAGAAGCACCAACACAACACUAAGAGAGGUUCCCCAAGGCUGCAGUAGCAAAUCCUUUACUAUUGCAUGUGCCUUAUUGGUCGAGGGCUCUGAAGAGCUAAAAAUGUAUAUGCAACACUUAUAUGAUUUAAAAAUGAUUUCAAUAAUCAAGAUUUUCCUGAAGCUUUGUUAAAAAUUAUGUCUUAUUUCUGUAAUCUUUCCCCUUUUUGUAUUCAUAACUCUACUAAUCAAAUUAUCUUUAAGAAACCAUUGCUACAAUAUUUUAAAACAAGUUAUGUUUAUCAAGUUUAUUCUCUGAAUGAGAGAAUAUACUAAAUAAAGAAUUUUUAAUGA